AUUCCCCAAAAACCAUCCCAGCCCCACCUUGUGCCCCUCCAGACGCCGUCCCGGCCUCACCGAGUGACGACGAUGAGGAAGAGCCGCCCCGGGACCCUCUGGAAAAACCCGAAAUUUUGGCAACGCCACCGACACCGAACCCCAAAUCCCCUCUGAGCCCCGACCACACCAAACCCGGUGCCGCCGAAACGCAGAGAGCCGAACCCCAACCCCCAAAAAAAUCCGUCUUGAAGAAAUUCCCCCCGCGGAAUCUCCGGUGCCACGACUGCGGCAAAGCUUUGGCACUGCCGAAACGCCGGCGAGGCGCGACGGAACGAGCCCAUAAAUGCCAGGAGUGCGGGAAGAGCUUCCGGCUGAGCUCGAGUUUGGUGACGCAUCGCCGGCGGCAUUCCGGUGAGAAUCCCUACAAAUGCCCCGAUUGUGGCAAAUCCUUCAGCGUGGGCUCGGCGUUCAUCCAGCACCGACGGGUCCACGCCGGCGCGGCGCCGUGCCGGUGCGGCGUCUGCGGGAAGAGUUUCCCGGCGAGUUCGGCGUUGGUGAAGCACCAAAAGCUUCACCUGGAAGAAAAACCCUACAAAUGCGGCGAUUGCGGCAAAGGGUUCAACUGGAAUUCCCACCUGGAGCGGCACCGGCGGAUUCACACCGGAGAGAAACCCUACGAGUGCCAGGAAUGCGGGAAGAGUUUUUCUUGGAGCUCCCACCUGGAUCGGCAUCGCCGAACCCACGCGGCGGCCGUG